AAGACUUUGCAUCCCUCUCAAGAUCCCACCAGCAACCGUGGCCUAUUCAUGCGUCUGGCUCGUUCAAACUACUAUCAGUUGUCGAGUUCUGUAGCUAUGAACCCGUAACUUGCCCGACGCCCGUAGCAGUCUGCAGUUACCAGUAGCCUCGCGAAGUGACAGUCCCAGUCCUGCCAGUAGCAAGCUCCGAGCACGCAUUUCUCGGGCAGAGUCCCCAUUCAUCCGCACCGUUGAACGUUGGACAUUGAACCCCACCAUCCCCUCGACAACACGCCAAACAUUCAGCAUCAGCAUCCACCCUUUAGCCGAAAUAACAACAUGUCUAGAGUGAUGAAUUGGCUCAGUUCGGCUGAGCGCCAGCUUCGCACCGAUGGCAAUAGCGCUUCUUCCCUAGAGGCCGUUCAGGACAGCAUGCAGCGCAACACGCUCGUGCCCAUCUACCGUCUCCCGCCCGAGUUGCUCGUCGAGAUCUUUGCUUACCUUACGCCCCUAUUCACCGUCGAUCAGCGGAAUAUCCUCAACGUCUCGCACGUGUGCCCACUAUGGCGCGAGGUUGCCGUAUCCUGUCCUACUCUCUGGUCUGCCAUCAAGCUCAGAGUCGGCCAUCACACCCGCGGCUCCGCCGACCUUUUCCGGAUUAUGGCAGAGAGGGCGGAAGGACUAGCCGUGACCUUCUGCUUGGACAGCUCCUCAUUUACCGUCAACCACUCCGACCUCAUACGCGAGAUGUGUCGACACGCUGGCCGCAUGCGCCAACUCGAUAUGCAAUUCAAUCACUUAUCAGUUGAACAGUUUCAAAAGACAUUUGACUGCUUUCUUUCCGAAUUCCCUGCCCUAGAAGAGUUCAGCUUACACGUUACCACGGAUGAAACCAUCUUUCUCCCCACCGAUUUUCUAGUGAAUGCGGCGAUGCUGCGUCGGCUGCGUCUCCAGAAGUGUGCACCUCCCUGGGGUUCGGCGAUUUUCAAACGCUUAACCCAGCUAGAGCUUCACGAUCUGUACGAUAUCUCACCCACAGUAGAAGAUCUCUGGUCUCUCAUAAGAAGCACAUCGUCUCUGGAGGUUCUCAUCCUCGACGAUGCACUAUCACAACUGACGCCCCUUCCGCCUUUCUGGAACGACAUCGACAGCUCUCAAGUCAUCUAUCUCCCGAAUCUCCACCACAUCGAGAUGAACUCAACCGAAGUUGAUGCCUACUUCUUCUCCCGCAUCCGGGUCGCUAAGCAUGCCCACAUCCACCUAGUCGUUUAUCCGGAAGCUCAACCAUUCGGCCUACCCAUCCUACCUCCGGCAUUUUUCUCCGCGUCGCGGAUGGAUACGGCCUCUAGGGACAUGGUUACUCUCAAAUCAGGCAUCAACAUCAAGUUUGAUGUUCAAAGGACGCUUUCUGAACGUCCCAGGCUCCAAGAUUGUAGUCGUGUCCGAUGUACAGAAUGCGAGAAUCGCUUCAGCGCUGAAUUUAUCGGCGUCGGAAUGCUCAGCACCGUUGCUAUCCGCCUCCUUAAUUCGCUCUACGGUGGUUCUCCCUUUCUAUCCGUCCAUGCCCUCAACAUAUCCAUCGACGUGGCUCACAGACGCGAGUACGUUUCUUGGAGAGAGCUGCUCCCGCUACUGCCUCAGCUUCGGAUUCUAUGCGCCACUGCCAUACACCCUGAUUUGCAGAACCUUCUUGUGGUCCUCAAACCUCCCACACAGCCACGCACACAGGGCAUCCUCGUUCCACGCCUGGAGAAGCUCGUCUUGUCACGGGCAGAAAGCUACUACCCUACUCCAAGCAUCACCGGGCUAGCUGAUACACUGGUGCAACGUUCACAGCUAGGCUUGUCUCUCCGUGAACUUGUUGUGACGAAAGUCCGUGUACACGAGUCGGAGAUGGUCAGGUUGAAAGGUGUCGUUAAAAUUACAAACUUCGCCUAG